AUGCAAACUAUCGAAGAAAAGCAACUUUUCACUGACUUGCAAUAUAGAUUCAGCUAUGUUACCAAAUUUAUUGGUUUUGGUGAAGAAGAUAUCAAGUAUAUUCAUGAAUCUGCUACAGUUUUGGCUCCUUUGGUUCCAACUGUUGUUGAUUUGGUUUACAAAAAGUUAUUCAGUUUUGAUGUUACUAAAAGAACUUUCCUUGUUAGAAAUGAUCAAUUUGAAGGAAAGAUGGAAGAAAAUUUGGAUGAAUUAGAUGAUAAGGCUAGUGAACAAAUCAGAUUCAGAAAGGACAUGUUGAGCAAGUAUCUUGUCAAGCUUGUCACUGCUGAUUAUACAUCAAAGGCUUUUGUUAAUUAUUUGGAUUGGGUUGGUAAGAUUCACACUGCCAAGGCUGGUAAUAAGGAUAUUAUUAUUGAUUAUAUUCACAUCAAUGCCUUAUUUGGUUAUGUUUCUGAUGUCUUGUUGGGAACUAUUGCUACUUGUAAGGAUUUGAGUGAAGAACAAAGAGUCAAGACAUUGUUGGCUUUCAACAAGUUGUUGUGGAUUCAAAAUGAUUUGUUUGCCAAAUAUUAUGUUGAUGAUAAUUCAAGACAUGGAAUUGUUGAAAAGUGUGAUAAGUGUCCUGUCAGUGGUCAAACUGGAACUGGUGGAUGUAUCUUUGCUAACAAGCAAUAA